AUGAAGCCAAGCGCCGUUGCCACCCUACUCACCGCCCUUGCGGCAGUGGCCUUUGCAAACCCGGUGACACGGUCGCACAAGCACGUCGUGCACGAGGAGCGGCACCCCGCGAGAAGCGAAUGGGCCAAGAACCACCGAUUGCACACCAUGGCCAGGUUGCCUGUUCGAAUCGGUCUUGCCCAGUCGAACCUUCACCGCGCAAACGAGUUCAUGAACGACGUGGCGCAUCCAGACUCCCCCAACUACGGCAGGCAUUGGACUCAUGAUGAAAUCAUCAACAUGUUUGCCCCGAGGCAAGAGUCCAUCGCCCUCGUCAUGCAGUGGCUCGAGAGUGAGGGGAUCCAGAGAAGCCGCGUUAAGCUCUCCAAAGGGCGCAACUGGGUGCAGUUCAACGGCACCGUCGGCGAGGUCGAACGGCUCUUGAAGACCGAGUAUCACGUCUACAAGCAUGAUCAAGGGCACAUGCACAUUGCCUGCGAUAAGUACCACGUUCCGGAGCACUUGGUUGAGCACAUCGACAUGAUCACCCCGUCGGUCCACUUCGACCAGCGCAUCGGUGCGCAAAGGAAAAACACUCAACACGAUCUCGAAGAGCAUCACGUCGAGGAGUUAAAGAAGCGCCAACUGAAGAAGAGGGCGUUCCUUGCGGAACAAGGGGCUGUUGCUGUUACCGCUACCGGCGGCAAGUCCGCCGCCAUCCAAGGUUCUCCCGACAGCGGCUUUGGACCGAAGCAGGGCGCAGUCGUCAUGAAUGCCCUCAUGAAUCUGGAGCAGUGUGAUGCCAUGAUCACCCCGGACUGUCUGCGUGCGCUCUACGCCACGCCUCCUGGAUCGUUGAAGUCGUCUAAUAACACACUCGGCAUCGUCGAGUACACACCGCAGGCCUUCCUCCAGGCGGAUUUGGACAUGUACUUCAACGAGUUCGAACCUCGCCUCAAGGGCGCCACUCCCAUUGUCAGUCUGGUAGGCAACGCCGUGGUGCAAACCCAGAACCAGAGUUUCCGUUUCAACGGCGAGUCCGCGCUCGACCUACAAUUCGCCAUGGCCUUGAUCUUCCCCCAGCAGACAACGCUCUAUCAAGUCGGCGACCUAAACCAAGGGGCCAGCUUCAACAACUUCCUCGAUGCCAUCGACGGCAGCUACUGCACCUUCCAGGGUGGCGGCUCCAAGGACCCCAACAUUGACGGGCAAUACGGCACCAAGGUCUGCGGGUCGGCGCCACUGGUCAACGUAAUCUCCACGAGCUACGGCUUCAACGAGGCGGAUCUCGGCCGCAAGUACGUCGAACGCCAGUGCGCCGAGUACAUGAAGCUCGGCCUCCAGGGCGUCACGGUCCUGUACUCGUCUGGUGACUCGGGCGUCGCCGGCAACGGCCAGCAGUGUAUAGACACUCAGACCGGCGCCUACAACGAGGGCAAGACGGGCAUCUUCAACCCAUCGUUCCCUGGAGGCUGCCCGUGGGUCACGUCCGUCGGCGCCACGCAGGUCUUGGAGGGCUCGACCGUCCACACUCCCGAGAGCGCGUGCCAGAAGGCAAUCUUCUCGGGCGGGGGCUUCUCCAACAUCUUCGCGGUUCCCGACUACCAGAAGAAGAUGAUGGAUGAGUACUACGCCACGAACGCGCCGCCCUACGGCGCGGACCGCUACAACAAUUCCAGGACCGUACGCGGGUUCCCUGACAUUUCGGCCAACGGCGCCAACUACGUGACGGCCGUCAACGGAAAGUUUUCCUUGUCCUUUGGCACUUCUGCUUCCGCGCCCGUCGUCGGCUCCAUCAUCAACUUGAUCAACGAGAAGCGCAUCGAGGCGGGCAAGAAGCCAGUCGGCUUCGUCAACCCGACGCUCUACGCGCACCCGGAGAUCCUCAACGACGUGACCAACGGCGACAACCCAGGCUGCGGUACCAAGGGCUUCUCCGCGGUGCAAGGGUGGGAUCCCGUUACGGGCAUGGGCACACCUAAUUAUCCCGAGAUGGAGAAGCUGUUCAUGAGCUUGCCUUGA